CUCGUGGGUGUUUCAACAAGUCGUGUAGACCCAAAAGGUAGUUGAUUUGUGGUCGACCUGAGCUCAUAAAUGAUGGCCAAAGUGGUGGUGGUUAGCGGCAUCGUGGCGGUGCUUGGAAUAACAUCUAUGGUAGCAGGUUUUGCUGCUGAACCUACUAGGAUUAAGGCAUCAAAAGUUUAUAUCGAGCAUUUAUCAUGUGUUUAUCCUAGUAGUCAUGCGAUCCGAUUUGGAAUAUUGGCGCUUGUGUGCACAAUAAUAAGUCGAAUCCUUUUACUCAUUGUAGUCGGGUGCUGUUGUCGUCCUAGUGGCUACACAUCAACCCCGAUCAAAAACAGUAAUGUCUUCAAUAUCUUGUCAUGGAUAGCGUCGGUUGUAGCAGUGAUUCUAUUUUUAGCUGGUUUGGUGCUAUAUAAUCAAGAGCGCAUGCAAGAAAAAUACCAUGGUAGGCUUACGUGCUACGCUGUAAAGCCCGGGCUCUUUGUAGCUGGUGCCUUGUUUUCAUUUUUCAGUUCUUUUUUCGGGAUUGUGGCUUAUACUUCUGUAUCUUCGUCUAUACAAACAACCUCACAACUUGACAUUGAGCUACCCGUUGGUGAUGUUGAUGUAGAGAAAAGCCCCGUGCAUCCAUGACAAUACUAAGAAUCGAAACAACAUAAAAGCAUGGUUCAUAGCAUUUGUGUUAAAUUUGUCACAUAAAUCAUAAUUUUAGUACUUUGCAUAUUUCCAUGUGUAAACCUACCAAAU